AAAGAGGUGAUCGUGCUGGGCCGGCUGUCCCACCCGCAUCUUGUGCGUCUGCACGGUUACUGCAUGGAGGGCCACGAGGCUCUGCUCGUGUACGAGUUCAUGACGCGGGGCAGCCUGGACAAAGCGCUAUUAGACAGUGCGAGCGGAGAGCUCUUCUUCAGCUGGAACAUGCGACUCAAGGUGGCGGUGCAGGUGGCAGAGGCAUUGGCGUAUUUGCACGGAGCCAACUUGAUCCACCGCGACCUCAAAGCCGCCAACGUGCUGCUCUCUCCUGAGUACGAUGCAAAGCUGACAGACUUUGGCAUGGUGCGCGUGGGGCCGGAUAGGCAGCUGCAAUCGAUCGUGUCGACCCGCGUCAUGGGCACCCGGGGGUACACAGACCCAUCAUACAUGGAGACAGGUCACCUGGGCGCCAAGAGUGACGUCUACUCCUUUGGCGUGCUCCUGCUAGAGCUGGUAACCGGCAGGAGAGUGGUGGACGAGGGGGAAAGAAUGGUCAUCGAGUGCCGAACUCGCCUCUCAGACCUCACACUUAAAGCCGCCGAAUAUAUCGAUCCUAGGCUCGGUAACCAAUACCCGGAGCGAGGAGCCCGAGGCUUGGCGACUCUGGCUCGGCACUGCGUGGCGGACGAUCGGAGGACGCGGCCGGAGAUUGGGACCGUAGUGGAGAAACUAAAGCUGUUGGUGAGGGCGUGUGAGAAUGAUGAGGCGGAAGCCGCAGCUAAAGCUGCGGCUGUUGUGAAGGUGUUCGAAAAUGAUGAGGUGGAGGCGGCAGCUGAAGCUGCAGCAUUGGAGGCGGGAGGAUCAGGGUUGGUUGAAGGGGGGGAUACGGUGGUCAAUGGAGGCUUGGCGACUCUGGCCCGGCACAGCGUGGUGGAUAAUUGGUCGGUCCGGCCUGACAUUGGGAUUGUACCGGAUAAGCUAAGGCUGUUGGUGAAGGUGUGUGAGAGUGAUGAGGUGGAGGCGGCAGCUCAAGCUGCAGCAUUGGAGGCGGGAGGAUCAGGGUCGGUUGAAGGGGGGGAUAUGGAGGUGAAUGGCGGUGACGGGGGGUCGUCAACAGCUGUGGCACCUCCAGUAGUAAAGAUUGUUGGUUGA